GAUUCGGCGAUAGAUCACGAUUACACGAUUCCUGAUCCAUUACUAUCGCAAUGGCUCCAAAAUUAAGGUGAGAUCACCGUGAAGCAUACCCUUUUUUUUAUUAAAAAAAGGAAAAAUAACAUUUAUUUGGCCAAUUGAUUACUUUGUUCUAAUGAUAUAAAUCAUUGCAAUCUAAAAGGAAACUUAUAGUUCCAAAUUUAAAAAAGAUGUAACUCAGUGUAUUGUUCAAAAUUGUGAAAAUCCUUCAGGGCAUACCUUAAUGGGCCGCGAAAGAACACACCUUAGCAAGUUUUGUUCAUCGAUGCUUGUAACUUCUCAACACUUUUCGUCUCUCCUGAAAAAUUGUAUCUUUGGACUUUAAGUAAUUGCCUUCUAAAAGCAACGCUUUUAUUAAAGGUCUCUCAUCUUCAGCCGCAUUGUAGAUCGAGAUCCAAGAUUAGAGAUAGAGAAAGUGCAAGUAUCGGUAGAUGACCGCUUGAGUUGGUGGAGGAUUUACCAAAAUUCACGGUAAGUAACUUCCUACGAACUUACUUGUCAAAAUGUUAAGAACAGCCCCCCCCCCAAAAAAAAACUACACAGUCGCAUUGUUCCUCAUAACACCUGGCGGCGAAGAACCUAUUGACACUUACAAAAGCUCUGAUGGGAAAAACUCCCUGCUAGAGAAUGAGACUGUAAAAGUGAUGCAUUUUGAAAAUCAGACGGCUUCUAAUGUGAAAUUUCUCCAAAAUUGUACCAGGAGACCUCUCUCAAUGUCAUUUUAAAUUUGGCAAUAGAUUAUGCGAAGCACCUCACUGAUCAGGACCUUUUAAAAGAGAAGCUCAACAUUUUCUGAAGUGUACAUUUCCCGAGAAGCGCAAACUCCAUCUACCGGCACUCCAUCGAAACCGCUUAAGCAGGCAAUUUUUUUACUUCAAUUGAAAGAAAUAUACCGGCGGUGCAGCGGUAGUUGAAACAAAUGAGAAGUCGAGAAAAAAUUCCAAAUGUGAUUCAUCGGCGAAAAAACUACGAAGAUCCAAAACAAUUGACGUCGCUGAUUUUUGCCACGGCAUUUGAUGACGUCAGAGAGGUAGUUCCGAUGAUCCUUGUGUGGAUGCGCAACACCCAAAGACUUCAUUUCUGAUGACAGAUUUAAACCAGGUUCUGACGUAUAACAACGGGAAGAUAAAAAAAUCCAAGUAAAAAGUUAUGACGUAAGCACGUUGCCAUUAUGAGGUUUUUAAGCGCUGAGUUUUUUCAUCGAAUUCGACAGAGAAGCGUCCAAAAAACCGGUAGUCAUCUGAAAAUGUUACGUGCAGUUGACAGCAGCGAUUGUUUCAGGGAAAGGGAGAGGGGGGGAGGGGAUUCUCGUCACCAGAAAAUUUGCGGUUACGUUCACCCAUUUGCCAAAGUUGGACAGCUCGGGCGGUUUUUCACUCCACAAUUUCUAUUCUUAAGAGUGGCUUUCCAUGGUCCUCCCUAAGUUCAUAGAAGUGGUUAACAGUGCGACGAUUCACAAUUUCAGUUCACGAGGUACAAUAUAAGUAAUAAAUUUCCUGCGUGUGCCCUAUAUUCAGUGCUACAGAUGUGCAUGGUGAAGGUGUUGAUUACAGUGGCAGCGCUAGUGGUCAGCGGCGGCUCGUCGGCCCCUCUCUCUCGACUGAGCUUUGAGAAGGGCGACUUGCUGAAGACGAGUAGGCUGGGGUUCCGGGUCUGGAGGCACUUCAAUUUGCCGCCGCAUCACUACUAUUACGCCCUCUCGGACCAUGAGAUCUUCUCGACGACCGUGGAGCCCCAGACAGAGUAUUAUUCGGACGAGGUAACCAAAAAGGUCAAGCUCCGAUCCGUCUUGUACACCCUUGACGUGAAAACCCCUCGAAAGGAAUUCGACUCCAUCCUCAUGACGAAAGCCCGGGUCCGGGGGGCCACCAUCGGGGACACGGGCAUCGCCCUGGCGCGCAGGAUGAGCCAGAUGAUCCUUUUCUACCACACCACGCGCUGCAACAACUACCACUACAUUGAUUACGUCGUCCACGGCAAGACUUUCGGCAGGUGGUGGAAGCCGCUAUACUGGCCGAAGCACCCCGAGUGCCCGGUCCACCUCGUCAUCGAGUCUGGGACGAAUGUUAGCGAUCCGACUAAGCCUGGAUAUGUCACAUCGUUGAGGAAGAAGAAGGGAGAAGAAAUGCUGCCUCACCUGAAAAAACCUUGAAUCGUGAAGGAGAUCUGUGUCAGUUCGUUGAUGAAUCCGUGAGGAUGUUGCUGUUGAGCUUAAGCGUGGCAGCUAGAUCUUCGGUUCCGAUCACCCAGCUGAGUUUCCAGAAGGGCGACGUGAUCGUGCACGGAGGCCAGUACUUCUACCACAUCCUCAAGAGGGUGAACCUGCC